UCUCCCUCCUUGCGUUUCAGGGCUGGUUUGAUCGCCAUGGGAAGGGACGACUGAAGCAGACUUCAUCAUGAUUGGAGGACUGUUCAUCUACAACCACAAGGGGGAGGUGCUGAUCUCCAGAGUCUACAGAGAUGAUAUCGGGAAUAGGCGGAACGCCGUGGAUGCUUUCCGUGUCAAUGUCAUCCACGCCAGGCAGCAGGUGCGCUCCCCGGUCACCAACAUCGCCCGCACCAGCUUCUUCCACGUCAAGCGCUCCAACAUCUGGCUGGCGGCCGUCACCAAGCAGAACGUCAACGCGGCCAUGGUGUUCGAGUUCCUGUACAAGAUGUGCGACGUCAUGACCGCCUACUUCGGCAAGAUCAGCGAGGAGAACAUCAAGAACAACUUCGUCCUGAUCUACGAGCUGCUGGAUGAAAUCCUGGACUUUGGCUACCCCCAGAAUUCCGAGACAGGAGCCCUGAAAACGUUCAUCACUCAGCAAGGAAUCAAGAGCCAGCACCAGACCAAGGAGGAGCAGUCUCAGAUCACCAGCCAGGUGACUGGGCAGAUCGGCUGGAGACGAGAGGGGAUCAAGUACCGACGCAACGAGCUCUUCCUGGAUGUCCUGGAGAGCGUCAACCUGCUCAUGUCUCCACAAGGCCAGGUGCUGAGUGCUCACGUGUCGGGCAGGGUGGUGAUGAAGAGCUACCUGAGUGGGAUGCCAGAGUGUAAGUUUGGGAUGAACGACAAGAUCGUCAUUGACAAGCAGGGGAAGGGCACUGCGGACGAGACCAGCAAGAGUGACUUGGGGGGCAGCAGCGGCAAGCAGUCCAUCGCCAUCGACGACUGCACCUUCCACCAGUGUGUGCGACUCAGCAAGUUCGACUCGGAGCGGAGCAUCAGCUUCAUCCCGCCAGACGGAGAGUAUGAGCUCAUGAGGUAUCGCACCACUAAGGAUAUUAUCCUGCCAUUCCGAGUGAUUCCUUUAGUCAGAGAGGUCGGCCGUACUAAACUGGAAGUCAAGGUGGUCAUCAAGUCCAACUUCAAGCCUUCCCUGCUGGCCCAGAAAAUAGAGGUGCGCAUCCCAACCCCGCUCAACACUAGCGGAGUCCAGGUCAUCUGCAUGAAAGGGAAAGCCAAAUACAAGGCCAGCGAGAAUGCCAUCGUCUGGAAGAUUAAGAGAAUGGCUGGCAUGAAGGAGUCUCAGAUCAGUGCUGAGAUCGAGCUUCUACCCACCAACGACAAGAAGAAAUGGGCACGCCCGCCCAUCUCCAUGAACUUCGAGGUCCCGUUUGCACCUUCCGGGCUCAAGGUUCGAUACCUGAAGGUGUUUGAGCCCAAGCUGAAUUACAGCGACCAUGAUGUGAUUAAAUGGGUGCGCUACAUCGGCCGGAGUGGCAUCUACGAGACACGGUGCUAGCCGCCUGUGGGAUAGGGGGGCUGAAGCCUGCCUGGGUAUCUCUACCCCCCUACCCUCCAGCACUGGAACAACAUGUUUUAAAAACAAAGAAUUCUAUUCAGUGAAAUAAUGCACCGGUCCUACGGAAAUGAAUAAAAUGAGAUGUAACUUCGGGAAUGUAACUUCUGGGUAACCUGUUCCUGUCAUCUCUCAUUCCUGCCCUCAUCCAUUCAGACCCCAUUGUCUCCCUCGCUGGACCAGCUGAGCAGAGCUAGUGUCCAGCUGUCUGACCUUUUUGUUACUUUUUAAUUUGUUUUGCUAUUUUCUUUCAACACCCCUUUCGCUCUCCUGCUUAAGUAACAAUGCCCUGUAACCCUAAUAGUGAAGGUCCUCUUUCUUUCCCUCUGUGUGUCUUCACUGUUCUAAUGAUCCUCAUACACUCGGCGUCCUGUAUCUCUCUCUCUCUCCUAUGCUAUCCUGAGCGCGCUGUGUGUACGUAUUGUAGUUCUAGUGUAGUCAGCAGCUGGACUUCUCUACAUGGAGUUAUAGAAAUUAUAACUUAAUUUCAGUGUGCUAGAUAGGGAUUAAUAGAUAGUGAUAAAUGUUAUCUGUGCAAUCUUUAGGGGAGCCCUGUUUCCUCUCCACACACCCCCUUGGUCCUCACUGUUUUUUCUCACCCUUCCUCUAUGCUGUGGGUUCUGUAUCCAGUGCUGCAGUUUUUCAUUCUCGUGACCAAAAAGGUGGCAAAAAUCUAUAUUUAAGGGGAGAGAGAAUAGAUAAAAGAAAGUGGUUGACGUUUCAAUGAUCUGUGUAAAGUUUUUCAAUAGGAGUGAAGCGGAGGUGGUAUUUCCAGAGUGCACUGUUAUGUGCAGCAGGCACGCCUUCAGGACGCUGUCAGAGUGGUAACUUGCCUUCAUCUUAGUGCUGUACUUCUGAUGGCACCUGUCCUAUAGGGGUACUUACAGCCUCCUCUAGUGGCUACUGCUCUAGCUGCUCAAAGGCAGUUCACUAAGCCCCCCCCAGUCCCCUGAACAUGUGCCUGUUUGCAGCAGUGGCUAUGAAAUUGCACUAAAGGAACCCCUCUUUAGGGGCUCCAGGAAAAGGGGUGCAGUUAGCUUUCAAUGUAGAGCUGCUACAGAGAAGUGGCUGGUUAGUUUGGAAGGAGACCGGCACUCCUGAUCAGCACAGCAGGGCAUGUCACACUGUUGGGAUCAGUCUGCACCUCUGUGAGAUUCUCCUGUGUUGGGGUCAGGCUGCACCCUCCUCUGUGAGAUUCUCCUGUGUUGGGGUCAGGCUGCACCCUCCUCUGUGAGAUUCUCCUGUGUUGGGGUCAGGCUGCACCCUCCUCUGUGAGAUUCUCCUGUGUUGGGGUCAGGCUGCACCCUCCUCUGUGAGAUUCUCCUGUGUUGGGGUCAGGCUGCACCCUCCUCUGUGAGAUUCUCCUGGAAGUGCCACCCAAGCCCACUGCCCUUCGCUUCAGUGUGUGAGCUCCAUUUGGUAACUUUGUGAUCAUCCAGUUAAUCCUAAUAAAACAUAUUAUAGAACAAA